UUUGACCACAAUAAAAAAGCAGUCUUUCGUAUCUCACAGAGAAGAGAGGCUUGGACAGUUUGAACGGUCGUUGAGGUCAAACCCGUCAGGACAAGCCCCACCAACCGUUCCACGAUGCAACCCCCAGCCGCAACCCACCCCAAGCCCGCCGCCUCCGCCCCCGGCGGCGCCACCUACACCACCAUACCCAUCUCCAUCUCCGACGUCAUCUCCCGGUCCGUCCACAACUUCUCCGCCGCCGUCUCCCGCCACCGCCCCUGGCCCGAGUUCGUCGCCGCCGGCUCGUUCGACCGGCCCGGGUCCGCGUCCGCCGCCCUGGCCCGGAUCCGCAAGAACUCCGCCUACUUCCGCGUCAACUACGUCGUCGCGAUCGCCGCGUGCGCCCUCGUGUCCCUGCUCGGAGCCCCUUUCUCUCUGAUCGUCUUCGCCUCCGUGCUCGCCCUCUGGCUGAUCUUCCACUUCUUCAGGGAAGACCCGUUGAUGGUCUCGGGCCACCAGCUGAACGACCGGUUGGUGCUCUGUGCUCUCGUCCUGGUGUCGCUGUCGGCGAUUUGGUUCGUGGGUCGUGUGGAGAAUCUGGUGAUCGGGAUCGGAGCCGGGUCGUUGCUCUGCGGGGUCCACGGGGUGCUGAGGAACCCCGACGGGCUGUUUCUUGACGAGGACGAAGCGGCUUCUCAGGGCCUGAUCGGGUCGCGGGUCGGGUUCGCGCCCGCACCCGGGUUCGGGUACAGCGUGGAUCGCGGAGAUGUUCUUGGGGAUUGAUUGAUCGUGUGAAAAUUGUCGAGGGUGAUCGAUUCCUGCGAGUCUUGACUUGGGAGUGGGGUCGGUGUCUUGCUUGGGUUUGUUUGUUUGUGGUGUGAUAGGCACAAACCAGAAGUUUUGAGGUUGGUUUGAGUCCAAUACUAUUGGAUUUGAAGGGUUGUUUGUUCCCUCUAAGAAGGGUUUGACUUGACUUUUAGUUUGUAAAUUUCAGUGGGUUUUUUCCUCAUUUGGAUUUUGUGAUGUCACGCUAGGAAGAAGAUAGAUUCUUGUUUUUCUGAAAUGGUCGUGGGAGUGAGAGAUUGUUGUGUUGGUAAAAUUUUGAGGACUUGUGAGUUUUUUGACUGCUGCAUCAAGAUUGAGUUGUGGUUUGAUUCGUGAGAAAGCAAAAACACUUGACUUGUGUGAUGUGAAA